AUGGAUGACAAGCGGCUAGCCGGUCGGUUAAAGAGCAUAAAUUUGACGAAAUCACAGUUGCCGUACAAGAAAUAUCAAAAGGUCGUCCCAAAGGAGCUGAGAAUUGGACGAUUAUCGAAUACUUGGCACGUGAAUACCCCGGAUUAUACGCUAAAUCAAAGCCAUUCUCAGUGGAAUAGAAAGUUGAGCCACUGGAGGAAGCAAAUAUACCUCUGGAAUGACGUUUCUGAGGCCGACUGUGAACUGCUCUCCAAGGCUACGAGAAAUGGCGACUAUAAAGAGUUUCUCUCAAUAUGCAACUCAAUAGUAAAGCCAGCAUUAGACCAAGAUUUGUAUAAAAAGUUGUUGAAUAUCGGCAGCGAUACCGGAGCACCCAGCUUGCAUCCAGUGAUUUUCAAGCCUGAAUGGUUCAACGGAUCAAUUACACAUAACGGAUUCGUUACAAUUGAUGAAAAGCAAUUUGUGAAUACCGCCAUCGAGAUUUCCAAGGGGUAUAGCGGAGAAUUUAAGGAAAACCAAGUGCUUCAGGGACUCCAGAGGAUGUCAAUCCUAAAGUGCGGAGACACUAGCGGAAUUAUAAAGGGAUGUAUAAUAGGUUUGGGCAGGAACCGUCACGGUACGGGUAAAAUUGGCGAUCGCAUUAAAAUUUCAAUUAGAGACAAGACUUCGGCUUGUAACGUUCAGAUAAAGACUCCUCGUGGCAUUAUCAUUCGUAGACGAAAGGAGACUUGCCGUAAGGAUGGCAUGGUAUUCAAGUUUGACGAAAAUGCCUUCGCGGUGAUUAUAAACAAUAAGCUCCAUGGUUCUAGAAUAAAGGGUCCAGUCUUGAUGGAGACAAAGCAUGCCUGCAAGAAUUUGGCGUCACACAUUUUUUAA